CUCGGGGCCGGACCCGCGGAGCAGAGGAGGCCGGGGCCGGGCCGAGGGGCUCCGGCUCCGGCCGCCCGGGUCGGACCUCGCCACUCCGCCCGGAGCUGUGUACAAACAAGGACCGCGGGGGCUGGCGCCUCUUAAGGUGGACUUGAGAGUUUAAGGUGGACCGGCGCGGUGCGGGAGGUGCUGGGGGGUGGUCCCUUUCUCCUUCCUUCCCCCGCUUUUUCAUCUUUCCCCUCCUCUUGCAUCAGACGCUCGGCCGGAGCGGGAGGACUUUGACCCUUUUCCCCGGGGCUUGACCCUCGGGGUGCCCGGACUUUUAAGAGGCGCUACCGAGAGAGAGGACCGGGAGCAGCAGGACGGCCCCCAGCUCUCCACCCCCCGCCCCAUCCAGCUGCCAACGAUGCCCCCCACUCUUUUGUCCUUAAGGGGAGAGCAGCCCAUGGACCGGGGAGUGGGGGAAAGAAGCCGCGGGCCCAGCCACCCCGAGUUCGUGGGAACCCUUCGUGGGCCUGGCCAGCCCCGGGCUCAUCCGUGAGCCUGCUCCGCGCUGGAAGAAGGGUCCGGCCCCGGGCCUCGGCGCCCGCCGCCUCGCCCUGCGCGCAGCCCACGUCUACAGCCCUCUCCCCCUCAGACCCCCCUGCGGCUUCGUGCCCGACGCCCGCCCCGGGAGAUGGAGACGGUGGGAAAGUUUGAGUUCAGCCGGAAGGACCUGAUUGGCCACGGGGCCUUCGCCGUGGUCUUUAAAGGGAGGCACAAAGAGAAACAUGAUCUGGAGGUGGCGGUCAAGUGCAUUAACAAGAAAAACCUGGCCAAGUCUCAGACCCUGUUGGGGAAGGAAAUCAAAAUCCUGAAGGAACUGAAACAUGAAAAUAUCGUGGCCUUGUAUGAUUUCCAGGAGGUGGCCAGCUCUGUGUACCUGGUUAUGGAGUACUGCAAUGGGGGUGACCUUGCUGACUACCUGCACUCCAUGCGGACUCUGAGUGAGGAUACCAUCCGGCUCUUCCUCCAGCAGAUCGCAGGUGCCAUGAAGAUGCUGCACAGCAAGGGUAUCAUCCACCGGGAUCUGAAGCCCCAGAAUAUCCUCUUGUCCUAUUCUGGGGGCCGAAAGUCCAACCCCAACAACAUUCGAGUGAAGAUUGCUGAUUUUGGAUUUGCCCGUUACCUGCAGAACAACAUGAUGGCAGCCACGCUCUGCGGUUCCCCCAUGUACAUGGCCCCUGAAGUCAUCAUGUCCCAACACUACGAUGCCAAAGCUGAUCUGUGGAGUAUCGGAACAAUCAUUUACCAGUGUCUGACAGGCAAGGCCCCCUUCCAGGCCAGCAGUCCCCAGGAUCUUCGACUGUUCUAUGAGAAGAACAAAACGCUACUGCCCAGCAUCCCCAGGGAGACCUCCAGCCCCCUGAGACAGCUGCUUCUGGGCCUUCUUCAGCGGAACCAUAAAGAUCGGAUGGACUUUGAUGAGUUUUUUCAUCACCCUUUCCUAGACGCAAGCUCCUCUAUCAAGAAAUCUCCCCCCGUGCCCAUGCCCUCGUACCCCAGCUCGGGCAGUUCUUCCUCCAGCAGCAGCUCUACCUCCCACCUGGCCUCGCCUCCUUCCCUCGGGGAAAUGCAGCAGCAGCUGCAGAAGACGCUGACCUCCCCAGCCCCGGAUGCUGCAGGUUUCCUCCACGGCUCCAAGGACUCAGCCGGCAGCAGCAAGAACUCUUCCUGUGACACUGAUGACUUUGUCAUGGUCCCGGCCCAGUUCCCAACGGACUUGCCAGGGGAAGCCGCGGGAGCCAAGGCCCCUCAGGACAGUCUGAUGUACAGCGGGAGUUCCCUGGUCACUUCAGCUGGGCUGGAGAGCCAGGGACGGACGCCUUCUCCCUCGCCCCCUUACAGUGGCUCUCCCAGCCCCUCUGGCCGACCCAGCGCUUUCUCCAGCAGCAGAUACGGUCCGUCCGUCCCCAUCCCCGUCCCCACACAGAUCCAGAACUACAGGAGAAUCGAGCAGAACCUCCAGUCCCCCAACCAGUACACUCCGCCGACACCACGGUCCGGCAUGGUUCGGAGGUCCAGCAGUACCAGCCCUCUGGGCUUUAAGCCGGGGAUCUCCCCCCCAUUCUUCCCCGAGCACGGAGCCACCUUUCCCAGAAAGGCUUCUUUGGGGGGAGCCAAGCCGUACAACCCAUCUCCUCAAGCUGGAACCAUCCCAGAGCGUCCAGGGCAGAGCAGAGUACCCUCCCCACAAGGCACCGAGAUGUGUGCAAUUGGCGGUGGCAGCAGGGUCUCCAGGCCUGGCGCUUCUCUCCCAGAACAUUCUCCCAAGGGGCUGGGCUACCGUCUGCACAGCGCCCCCAACCUCUCCGACCUGCACGUGGUGAAGCCCAAAUUGCCCAAGCCCCCCACAGACCCUCUGGUGGCCCCCUUUGCUUACCCCCAAGCCAGCCCUCCCCAGCAGCACUACGGGCUGCAGCCGUGCCGGACCCUCAGGGCAUCCCCGAAGCUGCCUGACUUCAUGCAGAGGAACCCCCUGCCCCCCAUCCUGGGCUCUCCCACCAAGGCUGUACCAGCUUUUGAGUUCCCCAAGACACCGAGUUCCCAGAACCUGCUCACUCUCCUGGCCCACCAAGGGGUUGUGGUCACCCCCACACGGAACAGGACUCUGCCCGACCUCCGGGAGAUGGGCCACUUCCAGAGCCCACCCAGCCUGGGCCUGAGGCCCGUGGAAGAGAUCAAGGGACCCUUUGGCAGGUCCCUCAGCACCGGCCGCCUCACUGACCUGCUCCUCAAAGCUGCGUUUGGGUCCCAGGCCCCCGACACGGGGAGCAACGAAAGCCUUCAGGAGAAGCCCAUGGAGAUCGCCCCUUCUGCUGGCUAUGGAGGGAACCUGCUCCCCGGGGCGAGGGCGGGGGGCUCCUCCAGCCCCUCCCCUGUCAUCUUCACGGUGGGCUCCCCUCCCAGUGGAACAACCCCACCCCAGGUCCCUCGGACGCGGAUGUUCUCAGGUCCCUGCUGGCUGCCUCUCCUUCACACCCAUGCAGAUACCCUCCUGGGCUCCUCCAGUUCCCAGAGCUCGGGCGGCUCCUUCAGUAGUCGCCACCUGAUCCCUGGCAUGGGGGGCGAGGCGGCGGAGGCCCCGGGCAACCUGCGUUGCUACGGCUUCACCGAUCCCAUCACUGCCAACCUGGAGGGGGCUGUGACCUUCGAGGCCCCGGACCUGCCUGAGGAGACGCUCAUGGAGCAAGAGCACACGGACAUCCUCCGCAGCCUCCGAUUCACGCUGGCCUUUGUCCACUGCGUCAUGGAGAUGGCCGCCGCCAAGGGCAGCACGGGCGACGUGGGCGGCUCCAUGGCCUCCGAGUACCAGCUGCAGGAGAGCAUUGUGGCCGACCAGAUCAGCCUGCUGAGCCGAGAGUGGAGUUACGCGGAGCAGCUGGUGUUGUACCUCAAGGUGGCCGAGCUGCUCUCCUCCGGUCUGCAGACGGCCAUCGAGCAGAUCAAGGCCGGGAAGCUCUGCCUGUCCUCCACCGUCAAGCAGGUCGUGCGGAAACUGAACGAGCUUUACAAGUCAAGUGUGUCCUCCUGCCAUUGCCUGAACCUGCAGCUGCAGAAAUUCUUCCUGGACAAGCAGAAGCUCAUGGACCGAAUCAACAGCAUCACUGCCGAGAAGUUGAUCUUCAACUACGCUGUGCAGAUGGUGCGCUCUGCCGCCCUGGACGAGAUGUUCCACCACCGCGAAGACUGCGUCCAGCGCUACCACAAGGCCUUGCUGCUCAUGGAGGGCCUGCAGCAGAUCCUCACGGAGCAGGCGGACGUCGAGAACAUCAGCAAAUGCAAGAUGUGCAUUGAGCGGAGACUCUCGGCCCUGCUGUCUGGCCUUUGUGCCUAAGCCCCUGGACAGCUCCUCCUGCCCACCCACCAGCCCUUUACGCUUCGCGGGACAGCCGUCCGCCCGCUCGGCCCCUGUGGCUCAGCCCCUGUGGCCCGGCUCCCGGCAUGCAGCCUGGGCCGGACAGACUUGUCGGGACAGAGAUGUUGGAUCUGUCUCCAAGAACGCACGCCCCGCCUCGGGAGCCCUGGGACCUCUGCCUCUCUCCCUGGAACAGCGACGGAGAUCUGCAGUGACCGCACUCGGCCCCACGGGUUCGGCCCGGCCAGAAAUGGGGGAGGUCUUCUCUCUCUCUGGGGAGACCACGGAACUUCCGUCCCCGUCGUCCCUCGUCCUUUGAAGAGAGUCAAGCUGCUACGUUACUAACUCUUACCAUUUCCAGGGAUCGGGGCCCGCCGAUGCCGUGUCCGUUGCGGGCAGUGGACACGGGGACACAAGGAGGGGACCCUAAGCAUGAACCCUGACAUCAGGCCAGUUACUUUUCCCACCCCUCUUCUCCCCCUUCCCCCCUGCUUUCUGCCAGUCAAUCACUUUCCAAAAUGUCUCUGCCCGCACCUGGCACUCUGGUAGCAAACUCGCACCCUGCAGAUGGCCGGGCUGGAGCCGCCCAGGGUGGGUGGGGAAGCCCAAGGCCCGACUUCGCUGGGAGAACUUGGAUGAUUUCUGUGUGCUGGAUCUCUUAAUGCCAAAAUGUGCGCAUUCUCAGUGGCUUCGUGCUCAACACGCUCAAGUGAGAACGCACGUCAUCUCUUGCUUUUAAUCUGACUUUUAGGGGGAUUUAAAAAUUAAACAGCCAACUCACACUAGCUUUGUGAAUCAGAAGGAGCACUUUACACACCGUGGUUGGAGAGGAGGACCUUUGAUCACGCCUCCCGGGUUCCCCACAACCAUACUGACUGCUAGAAAAAACUGUCGUCCUCUUCCCCCUUCCUCCCCUCACACCCCAGUUACUAUAUUGCACUACGAGCGUGUAUAUAUAUACAUAUAUAUAUAUAUAUAAAUAUGUGUGUGUGAGUGUGUGUAUGUUGUGUGUAUUUAACAGAACUGUAUCCUGUACUUGUGAUGGAAACAACAGAUGCAGCACCGCAAUGUGCCAGCUUGGGACCUGCCGUUCCAAGAGAAAAGAUACAGUCCUUUUAAUUUAAUGUUCUUUUAAGGACAGACAGUAUGAAUAUAAAGCCUCCAGGCUUUCUAAUUUCAGAACAGACAUUGAAAAAUCUCACACACUUCAGACCUAAAAAAAAAAAAAAAAGUGUUUUGUUUUUCUUUUUAAAGAAAAAAACUUUAUAUAGAGAGUUUUGUUUUUGUUGUUGUUGUUGGGUGGGGUUUGGGUGGGGGCUAGGUGUGUGUGGGUGCUUGUGUGAUUGUGUGAGGGAAAGCUCAAUGUUUCUAUUCUGAUGAGACUUUGGAGCCAAAAUGAUGCCAUGGGUGAAUGGCUGUUUAUGUGCUUUUCUUUGUGUGACUGGCCAUGGAUGCAUGAGUGGAACGGAGAAUGUCCAUCGGUUGUGAGCUCCGUGGUCUCUCAGGUCUUCUCUGAACACAGGGUCCUGGCAGCAGUAUUGUGUGAGCCCCUGAGGGGCUCUUGAACCUUGGGGUGUACGUCUGGAAGGAGGGGGUGUUAAAGACCACCUCAUGUCCGCGGACGCUUGUGACUCCCCAGACACGACAGGAUGGGGUUUGGGUUUGCACGUUCUGUGCCAUUAAAAAAUAAUAUAUGCAAGAAACUUCCCUAAAGCCUAUGUUUGGCCCUAACAUUCAAAGAGGGGACCUUCCUGCCUUGCUUUCCAGGAAAAAAUUCACUGACAGACCUUCUCAUGGGGCCCUUCAACUUCCAGAGGUUGUCGGGAGCCAGUUGAUGGGGAUACGAUGAGCAUGGCCUGGGUCUCCUGCCUCUCCCCAACCCACAAAUCCAGUUUCUUGGAGACCCCCAUCUUGGGCAUAUAGUGGGGCCUUCCCCACAGUCCUGAAAGGCAGGAGACCCCAACUCAGGUAUAGGGCCCGUUGUGUGCUUAAGAUAAAGCCAUGAGUUGGUCAACCUGGAACCCAUUUCCCAUCUGUGCUUCAAGUUACUUGAAUGUAUCACAAGAGAACCCCAUUCAACCUAUAGAUAGACCCAUUGCCUUCCCCCACAAGUGGUUUACAAAUUUUAUAUGUAUAUAUAUAUAUAUAUAUAUAUACACACAUGCAUAUAUGUAUAUAUGAUUCACAUAGGUGUGUAUGUACAUGCACAUACAUGUAUGUCUGCACACAUUUUCUCAAUACUUGAAAUUGUUUGCCACUGCUUGGAUUGGGGGAGGGGGCGGGCACUCUUUCCUUUGCCAUAACCUUGGCAACAUUUUCACCAAAUUGCAUGUUGUGUGUUAAGGAACACUUUCCCUGCCGAGUUCCGAUUUCUUGCUUUGUUCUCCAUCGCGGAAUGCAAGCAAAUCUCCACAGGGAAACGCGACGCGGAGAUUGUUACUGGCAUCCUCCAUUUUCCAGAGUUGUGUCUGUGGCCACAUUUGUGUGUUAACUAGUGUCUUAAUAGGUUUUGAGAGCCCUCAGCCUAAUGAUGAAUGCAUAGCUUCAGGAUUGCGUGAAAAGGACAUCCUGUUAUUCUUUACGGUAAUUAAUGCCUGAUAUGUGUUUUGUUGUUGUUUUUUUUAAGGUUCUGUUUGUGUGAUUCCUACCCCCGCCCCUUUUUUUUUUCUUUAAAUUGUGUAAUAUCAAUUUAAGUAAAUAAACUGAUUUGAAAUUGUU